GAUUGUCCGUACAUACCCUCCGGCACUGGGUUCCUUCCUGUCCCCCAACGCUUUCAUAAUUCUGCUCAACGUCAGGUUCCGGACAAUCAGCAAACCUUAGACGAUUGCCUUGACAAGCCACCACUGCGCACGUGAGCAUCUAUUGCAUUAUAUCAGGCGGCGUCGCGGGCUCUCUGGGCGUUGCCAUCGAGUCUGCAUUGUAUUUCCUGUCGUAUAUUCUGUCUUGACCCGCUUCCUGCCACCAUGCUUCCUCCCAUUCCAGCCUUGGCGGACUAUGGCAUCUCGCCGGAUCACGGCUUCCUCCCGCCGGAGCCUCCCUUGGAGGUCUUGCCAGACCCUUAUUACGCCAAGUGGGAGUGGGUCGUUUCCAACCUGCAGGCUCUCCUAACGAGCCGGAGGAUCCGGGAGGUGGUCGAUCAUAUGUCUAUACUGUCUACAUCGUAUCUUCAGUCCGAGGGGGAGUGGCGGCGGGCAUACGUCGUACUGGUCUUUAUGCUACAUGGGUAUGUCUGGGGUGGAAGCAGGCCGGCCGAGAAAAUCCCGCCCCAGCUGACCGUCCCCUUAUUCGACGUCUGCGAGCACCUGGGUUUGCCACCCGUGGCCACCUAUGCAGGGGUGUGUUUGUGGAACUACAAGCCUAUUUUCCCCGACGAGCCGAUCGAUGAUCUGCGGAACCUCGACAGCGUCAACACCUUCACGGGGUCACUGGAUGAGAAGUGGUUCUAUUUGGUCUCUGUGGCCAUCGAGGCUCGUGGGGCCCCGUCGAUCCCGCUAGUGCUGCAGGCCAUCGCGGCAGCGCGGGCUGGAAAUAGUCUGGUUGUCACCGAGUGCCUGCAGCGACUCGCGGAGGUGCUGGACGAGGUGGGGGCGCUGCUGGAGCGCAUGUACGAGCAUUGCGACCCGUACGUGUUCUACCACCGCAUCCGGCCCUACCUGGCGGGGAGCAAGAACAUGGCGGAUGCCGGUCUCCCGCACGGUCUGUUGUACGACGACGGAAGCGGUGAGCCGGCGUACCGUCAGUACGGCGGCGGCAGCAAUGCCCAGAGCUCUUUGAUUCAGUUCUUCGACAUCGCCCUGGGCAUCGAGCACCGUCCGACGGGCGAAAUGCGUCCGAGCAGUACCCCGUUGAAGGACGAGAAGGAGGGUGUGGCCGGGGCGCCCCGCCACGGCUUCAUCCAGGAGAUGCGCUCAUACAUGCCGGCGGCGCACCGGCGCUUCCUGGAACAUGUCAACGCCGUGGCCAACAUCCGAGCGUACGUCGAAGCACGACGCUCGGACAAGGCCCUGUGCAUUGCAUACGAUGCGUGUCUGUCGAUGCUGCGGGCGAUGCGGGACAAGCACAUUCAGAUUGUAUCACGCUACAUCAUCAUCCAGUCCCGGGACGCCCGUGCGAGUCGCCCCGCCCGAGCCACCAACCCCAAACAAUCCAUCAACCUGGCGACGGCCCGACAUGGCGAGAAGCCCGACAGCAAAAAACUACGGGGCACGGGUGGAACCGCCCUGAUUCCGUUCCUGAAACAAGCGCGGGACGAGACGGGCGAGCCGGCCAUCGACGCCUGGGCCCGACGGCUAUUGAGCACGGGACCAUCGGAGUCGAGCUUUGCGGCGCUGAGCAAGGUAGACGAGGACCACGACGGUCAUUUGCAGGUGGUGGGACUGUCGGGGACGUGGGCAGCGGACGACAGUGAGGGGGGGAUCUGUCAUUGGUAGCAUUGCAUAUACUUUGAGCGGAUCGUAAUUCAGAUAGCAUGGAUGACGAGGAUGCGGG